AUGAAGAGGGAACACAUGUUGUUAACUCUAUUGAUUUCUUGGCCAAAACAACCAGGAAAUGACAUCGAUGUCUACUUGGAACCUUUGAUAGACGACUUGAAGCUAUUAUGGGAAGGAGUUAGUGGUGUCUACGAUGCAAGACAAAGUGAAUACUUUACUCUUAGAGGUUUACUAUUCUGGACAAUCAACGAUUUUCCAGCUUAUGGUAACCUUUCUGGGAGUAUAGUUAAAGGGUAUAAUGCAUGCCAUAUUUGUCUUGAAAAAACAAAACCAACAAGACUAGUUAAUGGAGGGAAAAUGGCCUACAUCGUGCAUCGGAGAUUUUUAGGAAGAAACCAUCCUUAUCGAAGGCAAAAGGUUGCUUUCGACAACUUUCCAGAACAUUCUCCCUCACCUGUUCCUUUGAGUGGGGAAGAAGUACUAGAAAGGGUGGAGCAAGAAUUUCUCCCUGUUCGGCACUGCCUUGAUGUGAUGCAUAUAGAGAAAAAUGUAUGCGAUAGUCUCAUAGGAACCUUGUUGAAUAUUCCUGGAAAAACAAAGGAUGGGGUGAAAACUCAGUUGGAUCUGGUAGAAAUGGGUAUUAGAUUAGGAUUAAGGCCUGAUCUCGAAGGUCCCAAGGAGCGCUUGCCAAUGGUUCCUGAAGACUAUUCUUCUAACAUAUCAAACUUGGUUUCCAUGGAUGAUUUAAGACUUGGUGGACUUAAAUCCUAUGAUUGUCAUGCCUUAAUGCAACAACUCCUCCCAGUUGCCAUCCGAGGUGUGCUUGAAAAGUCGGUCGGAAUUGUUGUGAUCAGGUUAUGCCUAUUUUUUAAUGAAAUCUGCAGAAAGACUAUCGAUGUGUCAAGGCUGCAGAAAAUCCAAAGUGAACUUGUUGAAACAUUGUGUGAGCUGGAAAAGUACUUUCCCCCAUCCUUUUUUGACAUAAUGGUUCAUCUAACGGUUCACCUAGUUAGAGAGGUGGAGUUACUUGGACCGGUUUGCUUUCAAUGGAUAUAUCCCUUCGAGAAGUACAUGAAGAUUUGCAAAGGAUAUGUUCGAAAUAGAAAUCGGCUAGAAGGUUGCAUUGCGAAGUGUUGUAUUGCUGAAGAGACAGUUGAGUUUUUAGCAGAACUUUUUAUCUAUGAAAAAAUUGUUGGGAUCCCAUCUGACACUCACAAAGAGGACAAGCCUACCUUAGGUGCUACAAUUGUUAGUAUUUACGGCAAGAUAUUCGACCAAGUUCAUCUCUACGUGCUUCAAAACACGGAUGAAUUCAGGAGCUAUUUUGUGAUUUCUAUUAAUACUUCAUGUAAAGUUGCUGUUCAACUGAGUGAACCAAAUGCUAACAUCCUUCAGAUUAUCAGGUGGCUUUCAGAUAAACCAAGAAAUGAAGUACCAACGUUCAGUGGUUACCGAAUUGCAGGAGUUCAGUAUAACACAAAUAAGCGCGAUGAUCUUAGAUCGACGCAAAACAGUAGUGUCUACUUGCUUGCUGAGACACUGCAACAUAUCUUUUAUGUUCAAAACCCUAUAGAUCCAAUGUGGUCAGUAGUUCUAAGAAUUCUUGCUAGGGAUUACAAUGACUUUGAGGUUGAAGAUGAGCUUGGGGACACUGUUAUUGCUCACCAUCCCAUCACCACUAUUAUGCCAUCUAUUGAGUUACCUAGUAACUUACCGAACGAGGAUGAAGUGGGUUACAUGAGGGAAGGGGAGGAGGAUAUAGUUGUUGAUGGAUAA